UUCCCUCGGUGGGGUCUGUGCCGCCGCCGCUGCCAGGGCAGGACAAAGGCUCAUUAGCACGUGAUGGGACCGCGCUUCAUAAAUGGGACUGGAGCGAGAGGGAGCCAGAGACAGAGCGCCCGCGGAGGCAGAGGCAGGGACCGCACGAGCGUGGCGAGACGACGGGCGCCAGUGCUGGCGGAGAUCUGCGGCCCCACGCCGAGCCAGGCGGGGCGAGCGGGAGGACCCACUGAAGAGCCCGGGGAAGGGGCGAGGCUCGCGGGAGGACCCACUGAAGAGCCCGGGGAAGGGGCGAGGCUCGCGGGCGGCGGGAGCGGAGGGGUCGCCAGUCCCGGUCGCUGUCGCGGGCGGGCGGGCGCUGGAGGCAGGGGACGCCGGCGCGCGGGCAGCGUGGACCGACUGACUUACUGACCGACGGACGGAGGCACAGCCCGCUCCACCCCACCCCACCCCGCCCCGCCUCGCCUCGCCUCGCCCGCAUCCCCGCGCCGGCGCCGCCUCCCUCCGGCUAAUCCCUCGGCCACCCCUUCCUCCUGCACUUCUUUUCCGCCUCCGCCUCUUCUUGGCUCCCGCGGCGCCAGUGCCUUCCCCUGGCCCGGGCGGGGCGCCUCGGCUCUCGGCAGAGCUCCGUAGAGUCGGGCGGAACGUUUCGUUCUAGCAGAGAAGCAGCCCCUGCGCUGGGCAAGAGGUGCCGAGGGAGCUUCUCCCCGAGGACCGGGGGAUGCGAAGGGAUUCCCUGCUGCGGGUCUCUUUCUCAGUCCUUUUGAGUUUGGCCUAAUCCAAGACGGAGGUUAUGAAGUCCAUCCUAGAUGGCCUUGCCGAUACCACCUUCCGCACCAUCACAACAGACCUCCUCUACGUGGGCUCCAAUGACAUUCAGUACGAAGACAUCAAAGGUGACAUGGCAUCCAAAUUAGGGUACUUCCCACAGAAAUUUCCUUUAACUUCCUUUCGGGGAAGUCCCUUCCAAGAAAAGAUGACUGCAGGAGACAAUGCCCAGUUAGUCCCGGCAGACCAGGUGAACAUUACCGAGUUUUACAACAAGUCCCUUUCAUCCUACAAGGAGAAUGAGGAGAACAUCCAGUGUGGGGAGAAUUUCAUGGACAUGGAGUGCUUCAUGAUUCUGAACCCCAGCCAGCAGCUGGCCAUCGCCGUCUUGUCCCUCACGCUGGGCACCUUCACGGUCCUGGAGAACCUGCUGGUGCUGUGUGUCAUCCUCCACUCCCGCAGCCUCCGCUGCCGGCCCUCUUACCACUUCAUCGGCAGCCUGGCAGUGGCCGACCUCCUGGGGAGCGUCAUUUUUGUCUACAGCUUUGUUGACUUCCACGUGUUCCACCGCAAAGAUAGCCCCAAUGUGUUUCUCUUCAAACUGGGUGGGGUCACUGCCUCCUUCACAGCCUCCGUAGGCAGCCUGUUCCUCACUGCCAUUGACAGGUACAUAUCUAUUCACAGGCCCCUGGCUUAUAAGAGGAUCGUCACCAGGCCCAAGGCCGUGGUGGCAUUUUGCCUGAUGUGGACCAUAGCGAUCGUGAUUGCCGUGCUGCCUCUCCUGGGCUGGAACUGCAAGAAACUGCAGUCCGUUUGCUCAGACAUCUUCCCACUCAUUGACGAAACCUACCUGAUGUUCUGGAUCGGGGUCACCAGCGUUCUGCUGCUGUUUAUCGUGUAUGCAUACAUGUAUAUUCUCUGGAAGGCUCACAGCCACGCGGUCCGCAUGAUUCAGCGUGGCACCCAGAAGAGCAUCAUCAUCCACACGUCAGAGGACGGCAAGGUGCAGGUGACGCGGCCCGACCAAGCCCGCAUGGACAUUCGGCUGGCCAAGACCCUGGUUCUGAUCCUUGUGGUUUUAAUCAUCUGCUGGGGCCCUCUGCUUGCGAUUAUGGUGUAUGACGUCUUUGGGAAGAUGAACAAGCUGAUUAAGACGGUAUUUGCGUUCUGCAGUAUGCUCUGCCUGCUGAAUUCCACCGUGAACCCCAUCAUCUACGCUCUGAGGAGCAAGGACCUGAGACAUGCUUUCCGGAGUAUGUUUCCCUCGUGUGAAGGCACCGCACAGCCUCUAGAUAACAGCAUGGGGGACUCAGACUGCCUGCACAAACACGCCAACAACGCGGCCAGCGUUCACAGGGCCGCAGAGAGCUGCAUCAAGAGCACGGUCAAGAUUGCCAAGGUGACCAUGUCUGUGUCCACAGACACGUCUGCCGAGGCUCUGUGAGCCGGACGCCUUCCUGGCGGCACAGGAAAAGAAAUUCAUUUCUUUUUUUUUUUUUUAAAGCUUAAAAUCUAGAAGAGUCUGUCGUCUCAUCGGUUAUAUUUUUUUAAGUUGACCAUGCUCAGUGAAAGGUGAUUGUUACCAGGAUCGGUUAUCAGUUCUCUAGCGUUUCGAUAGUGUACUGAAACUCAGUUCUUCGGGGGUUUACAGUGAAGAAAGCCUGCUGCUGAUGUGACCGAAGCUUCUUCAAAGUCUCAGCGAAAUAGGAGAGACACCUGCGGCUACAUGGUCGGAAUUCUAAGGACCCGUAGGAAAACACCAUCAAAUGAGUAAUGCCUUUGUAACCACAACUCUCAUUAUAAUGUGAAAUGUAUUUGUCCAUAAGUAUCAGAGAUGUCCAUUUUUACAAGUUACAGUACUAAAGUAGAGCUCUUUUGUAAAAUGUAUCAUGUCAUGUGAGAUGUGUAUCAGUGUUUACUGUGUGUUAUUUAUAUUUGUCUAGUUCAGCAAAACUGAAAGGUAGACUUUCAUGAGAACAAUGGGACACAAGCAGCAGAUAUACACCAGUGAGACCACUUUUUAAAAAAUUAUUGCCCGUGACUUUAGAAACCUUAAUAUUUUUUCCAAUCAAUUUAAAUUUGACACUCAGAUAACCAUAAAGGUUUAUUUUUCUGUUAACACAACAAGAAGAAUUUGAAGACUCUCCAGAGUAUUGAGCAGAAUUCAUUGACACUUAAAAAUUUGUUAGCCCUGCAUUUUCAUACAUGGACAUUUAUUAUCUUCUGGACUAUGGCUGUUCUGUUGGGUGAUGGAUUACAAUCAGAAUGGAAGAGAGAAGGCAUAUUGACUUUUAUGGCUGACAUCUCUGACUUUUCUUUAGUCUUUAGCUAUUACUAGACCUCUUAAGACAGCAUGUGUCAAUCUUAAUGUAUAUUGUUAUCACUGUGCAAUUACUGUUUACUUGAAGAGUACUGCAUUCUUAUAUUCCAGGUUUCAGUAGAUUUCAUGCCUGGGUGGCCAAAUGAGUCUUCAUUUUUUCUUAAUUGAAAAGAAGUAAAAUUAUACCGUGUGUGAGUGUGAAUAUAAAUGUGUGUGUGUGUUUCUAUCCUGUAACUGUUACAGUCGUGUCACAAAGUGAGAAAACUGUGACCAAGUGUAAAUUGUACCACUCGCUGCACACUUGCACAUGAAUUCAGUUUCUAAAAUUAAGUUCUUCCAGAAAGCUCAUUGAUAAAAAUACUGACCAUAAACAUUCAGAAAAUUCCUCCCCUCCCCCCUUGAGGGAUUGGGUCAAGUACUAUGAAACUGAUCUUUAGAUAUUUCAUAAGACCCGUGUCUAGCAAGGAAUGAUCAACGACAAACAUGCAGGUGAAGGUCUGCAUUUACCAUGUCAGUGUUGGGAAAUGAGUGUCUUGGUUUCUGAGCACCUAAGGUCGACCAAGUCCAUGGGGAGGUAAAUCAUCAAAAGGGAAGUGGUUCUGAAAGGCCCCGUGGUAACAUUUGUCGGUGGAGCGUGGAGUGGUGUGACCCUGUUUAAGCAGCACUGGACCCCGCUUGCUGAAGGAGGACUUACCCGGUCUGGUGCAUAUGGCUAAGGAGGCCAGGCAGACAGUGGGUGAGACAGAAAAAGGCAGUGAGGACCCGACACACUUGUGAUUGAGGCUUUGAUGACAUACGGCUGCUUCUGUGCUUCACCCAGAUGCCCUCGGUGACAACCCCAGGACUGGGCUUUGAUUGGGUAAGUUUGGGCUAAGGAAUAGGCCUCUCCUCUGCUCCUGGUUAGCGAGAUCUGCUGAGGUAUAAAGAUGAGCAUGGCUCACUUUCUUCUUAUGCCCCAGCCUCAUACUCCGUCAUGGUGCCAUGGGUGCUCAGAAUUAGGCCCUUUUCCCAGUAAGCAUUAAUAUUGCUUCAGAAGCCACUUGACCCUGACAAAUUUUACCUACAAAUAGUCUUCUUAUACAGAUAAAGCAUGGCUCCUACAGGACCCAGAGACCUGCAUAGCAUGAGUUAAAGUGGAGAGCUAGCAUUUAUCUGGUGAUUUCUAGCUCUCUAGAUAGAUGAGCAGCCUACUGGGCCAGUGUCCUUCUGUGCAAUGUAUGGUCUGCAGCUGAAUGUGGCCCGUGGGCCAACCUGGGAUGGAUUUAUCUGUCUGUACAUACAGCUGAAAUCUGCCUGCUGGUUGCCUCACUUUAUCUCUCUGUGAUAUGCAGGGGAGGGCUCAGGGUGCUGGAGGCUGAAUAUGAUCUCUUUAGGAGAAAAAGAAAAGAUCAUUUACAAAAACUCACCAAGGUCUGGUUCCACUAAAGAAUGGCCACUCUUUUGUCCCACAUCAUCCCGAAUGUUAAUCCACAUGUCUCAGAGCUCACCAGGCACUACCAGCUCUCUUCUCACAGUUCUGAAGACCUGGUGAAGAUGAACUUCGUGUUAUUUGUAGAAAAAGUCCAGGAUUCAUUUUUGAAACUGUAUCUGUGUGUAUGCAAUGUAGAUUUUAUAGUGUGUUGUGCUUUCAAGAUCUAAAUCAUAUAUAAUAAAUUAAGGGACAAUGGGGCUGACAGCACUAAACUUGGUGCUUAUUGAUAUUCUAAGAAAUAUCUGUGAAAUACCAUCACAUGUGUGUUACACUACCUUCAUUUUAAAACACUUCAAUUAGCUUGAUUCACUUUGAUGCUUUUAAUAUCAUUUCCUAACCCAAGAGACUCAAAUGUUCUCCCUAAUGAGUAUACUUAUUAGAAUUACCAUUCAUUAGUAUCAUUCAUUACCUCGUCCCUUAAUUAGGCCCAUUAACUUAAAUAUACUUUAAAUUUCAAUAAGUUUUACAAGGUCUGACUUCAGACUUACCUACAUUCCUCUGAAGGUAACAUAUUUGUCCUGACCGUGCAUUUCACUAUGAUGUAUGUCUUCAGAAAGGGCCAAAUUCCUAACCUGUUCAAUUUCUUCAGAGUAGUGACGAAUCUGUCAGCGCUACACCAAUAGUUUUAUUUAGACAAGGAGGGCUGUUUCCAAGAACCUCGAAUUUUCCAUUAUAUGUGAGAUUUAUGGAAAAGAAACACGGAUCUGGGAGAAGCUGCAGACAUAUGCCUACACUUCAGAUGAUUCCCAAGCCUCCCCACCACGUCGAGUCAAGUCUAUCUGGCAUUACGUGUCAAGGAAUUUUGGCUGCCUAAACCCACGUUGCAGGAACUAGGCCCAACCACCAGAGGAGAAUUAGGCCCUGGAUGAGUAGCACUCUAGUUACUGUCCUGUUGGUUCAUUUCUGCCAUUCCACAUCUGUAAAAGAGACCACCCCAAUAUCAUGCACAAAAUUAGAUUUCUCACAAUCUAACUGUAUAUUUGUAUGAUAUUUUAAAAUCUCCUAAAUGCUAGGCAAUGGCUAUUAACAAUUGUCUUGCAUUGGCCUUCUGAUGAAAUGUUAACAAUGCCUAUUGUAAUAUAGACAAAACAUUUUAUCUACUGAUUUGGGCUGAAUGUAUGUAAAUAGGUUUUUAAAAAAGUCAGAUGUUUAAGCAGUGGCCUACAAAUCAGUAAUUUUCAGAUAGAAGAGUUUCUUUACAUUGCUGUGGCAUCCUAAAACCUAUCUUCACAUAAACUUAGUGUACUAGGCUUGCUGGGGAUCAGAGUCCCCAAGAAAGGAAACGUGUUCUUGUGAUAGUAUGAAUCAAGAUACCAGAUUAUCUGGAUUCUUAUUUCCAAUGUUUCAACUGGGAAACAUAACUCUUUAUUGUCUGUAAAUCUAACAUUAUUCCUUUUCCUCUUAGAAGAAUAUCGUAUCGUUAGAUGUUCGUUGAGCUGGUAACACCCUUGCAACCGCAGCAAUAUGUUCGUUAGUAAUCUGUAGAAUACUUUGUGCACAGCUACUAGUAAGAUUGUUAUUCAAUGUAGCUUCAACCAUUAAAUUACUAGAGCAAAGUAGUACUUUCUUAAUAUUUACAAUGUAUUAAGCCCACACUAUAUUUUAUUUCAGUGAUACAAUUAAAUUGUUAUUUACUCAAAGAGAAAACAUCCCAUCAUGUCUA